AUGGGUAGCUCUUGGUGGCAGUGCGCUGCGUGUCUGAGAGCUCAGGAAGAAGACAUCUGCGAGUUACAGCUGAAUCAUUGUAAUCUGUACGAUGUACCACCUGAUGUGUUCAUUUACGAAAGAACGUUGGAAAAGUUGUAUCUCGAUGCCAAUAGAAUAAGAGAUCUUCCCAGACCGCUAUUUCAGUGCCACGAAUUGAGAGUACUAUCGCUUAGCGAUAAUGAAAUCACUAUGUUACCACCUGCCAUAGCGUCGUUGAUCAACCUGGAGUACUUAGAUCUCAGCAAGAACAGUAUAAAAGAGUUACCAGACAGCAUAAAAGAAUGCAAAAGUCUUCGCUCGAUAGAUAUCAGUGUCAAUCCCUUUGAAAGGUUCCCAGAUGCUAUAACACAUAUCGUCGGUUUGCGCGAGCUCUACAUAAAUGAUGCGUACAUAGAAUACUUGCCGGCUAAUUUCGGACGACUGUCAGCCUUGAGGACGCUUGAGCUGCGGGAGAACAACAUGAUGACGUUGCCUAAGAGUAUGAGCCGUCUGGUGAAUUUACAGAGGCUCGAUAUCGGCAACAAUGACUUCACAGAAUUACCUGAAGUUGUUGGAGACCUCAUCAAUCUCACAGAACUAUGGAUCGACGGUAACGACAUCAGGCGUGUCCCGGCAAAUGUCGAGCAGCUCUAUCGCUUGAAUCACUUCGAUUGCACGAUGAACGCAAUACACGCACUCCCGAUGGAGAUACGCGGCUGGCGCGACAUCGGGAUCAUGAAUCUGUCCUCGAACGAGAUGUACGAGCUGCCCGACACAUUAUGCUACCUGCGCACGAUCGUCACCCUCAAGAUCGACGACAAUCAAUUGAACGCACUGCCGAACGACAUCGGCCAGAUGUCGAGCUUAGAGGAGCUUAUAAUCACUAAGAACUUUCUCGAGUACUUACCGUCUUCGAUCGGUUUGCUACGCAAGCUGCACUGUCUCAAUGCGGACAAUAACUAUCUGCGCGCGUUGCCCGCUGAGAUUGGCAGCUGCACGUCGUUGUCCCUGCUCUCUUUGCGAUCGAACAAUUUGACGCGAGUGCCGCCCGAAUUGGGCCAUUUGUCCUCACUACGAGUGCUCAAUCUCGUCAACAAUUGCAUCAAGUUUCUUCCAGUCUCCAUGCUGAAUCUUAGUAACCUGAAAGCAUUGUGGCUGAGUGACAAUCAAAGCCAGCCGUUAGUGCCGUUACAACAGGAGUUUAAUUGCGAGGAGGACAUGAUGGUGUUGAGCUGCUUUAUGCUGCCACAGAAACCGCGGCAGGACUUAGAGCAAAUGGCACAAACCACAGGACCGAUUUCGAGUUCAAUCAUCGGAAACGGCAAGAGAAUAUGUUUCGCUGCUGAGGUAGAUUCCGAAGUCCCCAGACAACUUCAUCGAGCACCGACCCCUUACCCCAAGGAGCUACGCAAUCUCGCUAGGCACGCUCGUAAUCUGCAUCAUCAGUCCAUUCAUGAUCAAAGAAGCUCACCUUUGUCUACAACCUCUGUCGAUCGUCACACGGCGAAGAACUACAGCAAGAGCAACAGACCGGCCGACCCCGGAGCGGAACACUCGGUAUCUGAGGAAUCAUCUGACGAGGCAAAUAAAACCGUGUUAGCAAAGGAGAAAAGUCCGGACAUCCGCGAGGCCAAGUACAUCCGUAAUCCCACGUCCGAUUAUGUUGCGAAAGCGCCUACGGUAGCCGAUUAUGUCAACUCCACGUGGAAACCGGAUGAGUACUCUAAGGCGAACACUGCGAAGAUAGUAGAAUCCGAAAAGUUUAUUGAGCCCUACAGAACGACAAUGUCCGUCGACGUGGCGGACGGUAAAUACGAGCAGACGCGUGUAACCGUUACGCCGAAAUGCGAUGUACCGCCAGCUCCGCCACCGUACCACAUCGCAGCAGCAUUCUCCAAGAAAGCCGCUCUUUUUCAGCAGUUUAAUAGUCCGAUCGAAACGGAUGCGCAUCUGGUUCCAUCUUCGUUACCAUUUAAUUCGCUCUUAAAUUCGACCGGAUUAUUACCGGAUAUAAGGAAACAGAAAAACUUGGAUAUGAACGCGGAAUCGGCGAAAGCCGAGGAAUGUGCGUCCGUGUCAUCGAGCGACCGGGUAAAUCUCGUCAAUUCGAACGAUAAACCGACGGAUAACGAGCAGACAAGUUCUCUUGAUCAGACCAGUGUGGACCAGAAUUGUACACCAAUCCCUGAUCCCGACACCGAUUCCGAACCGAGCGAUCGUGCCCUCAGGCCAAGUAAAAUUCCCGUUCUGAAGACGAAACACACGGAGAAUUCGAGUAAUGAUACAAGCUCGAGUAGGAGUGUUUCCAGAGAGGAUUAUGAUACGAGUAGAACGUUGAACGUGUAUUCUGGUAUACCCACGUCGCCGAUCACGGGGAAGAAGUACCGUAGCCCGUUAUCGGCGCCAGUGAAGCCACAUGACCGAUCGAAAAAGCUGACGAACGGGAACGCUUCGAGCAACAGUUCAUGCGAUAAUGUCCCGACUGAUGCGUCAACGAACAUCGAUCGGAUCAACGCUCCUGUUCAAACCAACAGAAACGUCGUCGACGCAUCGAGCGACUCUUCUCCCGCUACUGCUGUCAUUAAGAGCGAAAAUAACUCGAGCCGAGACAUCUCAAAUCACAGUACGAACGGCAAGUCUCAAGGCGAUGCGAACUUCAACAUCGAGAACUUCAAUGAUCACACAAGUCCUGCGUCAAACGAGACGCCGAGCUCGGAGAGGAAGCCGAAGUUCAAGUGGAUGUUUGGUCCUCACAAAAACGCGAAUGUGUUGCCUGUUCAAGUGAAGAAGAAUCCAGGUCUCGGUUUUAGUAUAGCUGGUGGGGUAGCGGGUGCAGAGACCGGGAUAAUCGUGACGAAGGUGAAUCCCGAUGGACCAGCUCAGGGCACUCUUCGGCCAGGAGACAAGAUCCUGGAGGUAGACGGCAUCGACUUUACCAAGUCGGAUCACAAUAAUGCUGUCGCCGUUCUGCGUGCCACCGGUGCUGUUGUAUCUAUGAUGAUAAGUCGCCAUCAAUGAUUGUAAGUUUUGGAGGAACAAAAAG